GAAGAAGAAGAAAAAGGAGGAGAAGGAGAAGGAGAAGGAGAAGGAGAAGGAGGAGAAGAAGAAGAAGAAGAAGAAGAAGAAGAAGAAGAAGAAGAAGAAGAAGAAGAAGAAGAAGAAGAAAAAGAAGAAGAAGAAGAAGAAGAAAAAGAAGAAGAAGAAGAAGAGGAAGGAGAAGAAGGAGGAGGAGAAGAAGAAGAAGAAGAAGAAGGAAAAGAAGAAGAAGAAGGAGAAGUAGAAGGAGAAGGAGAAGAAGAAGGAGAAGAAGAAGAAGAAGAAGGAAAAGAAGAAGAAGAAGAAGAAGAAGAAGAAGAAGAAGAAGAAGAAGAAGAAGAAGAAGAAGAAGAAGAUGAAGGAAAAGAAGAAGAAGAAGAAGAAGAAGAAGAAGAAGAAGAAGAAGAAGAAGGAGAAGAAGAAGAAAGAGAAGAAGGAGGAGAAGGAGAAGGAGAAGAAGAAGAAGAAGAAGAAGAAGAAGAAGAAGAAGAAGGAGAAGAAGGAGGAGAAGGAGAAGGAAAAGGAGAAGCAGGAGAAGAAGAAGAAGAAGAAGAAGAAGAAGAAGAAGAAGAAGAAGAAGAAGAAGGAGAAAAAGGAGGAGAAGGAGAAGGAGAAGGAGAAGGAGAAGGAGGAGAAGAAGAAGAAGAAGAAGAAGAAGAAGAAGAAGAAGAAGAAGAAGAAGAAGAAGAAGAAGAAGAAGAAGAAAAAGAAGAAGAAGAAGAAGAAAAAGAAGAAGAAGAAGAAGAGGAAGGAGAAGAAGGAGGAGGAGAAGAAGAAGAAGAAGAAGAAGGAAAAGAAGAAGAAGAAGGAGAAGUAGAAGGAGAAGGAGAAGAAGAAGAAGAAGAAGGAUGAGGAGGAGGAGAAGAAGAAGAAGAAGAAGGAAAAGAAGAAGAAGAAGAAGAAGAAGAAGAAGAAGAAGAAGAAGAAGAAGAAGAAGAAGAAGAAGAAGAAGAUGAAGGAAAAGAAGAAGAAGAAGAAGAAGAAGAAGAAGAAGAAGAAGAAGAAGAAGAAGAAGAAGAAGGAGAAGAAGAAGAAAGAGAAGAAGGAGGAGAAGGAGAAGGAGAAGAAGAAGAAGAAGAAGAAGAAGAAGAAGAAGAAGAAGGAGAAGAAGGAGGAGAAGGAGAAGGAAAAGGAGAAGCAGGAGAAGAAGAAGAAGAAGAAGAAGAAGAAGAAGAAGAAGAAGAAGAAGAAGAAGAAGAAGAAGGAGAAAAAGAAAGAGAAGAAGAAGAAGAAGAAGAAGGAGAAUAA